AACGUGAAAAGGGGACAGCCAAAGAACCGCAACUCUCUUUAUUUCAAAAUUUGAAAAUUGGCGCUCUUUGCAACACCCAUUUGACAUUUCCGAUCUCCUUCGAUCCCCAAGAGGAAACCUAUCUCCCAAAUUGUCAAUUUUCUCUUUCAGUUACAAUGGGUGGUGCUCACAGUCGCGAGGAACUGAUUUCAGACUCAGACGAAGAGGAGUAUGAAGAAGAAAACGAAGAGGAAGAAGAAAAUUUUCAAGAUUCUAAAGAUGAGACUCCUGAAAGAUCUUCCUCAGGUCGAAGACGACCCAAGACGCCUUCGUCUCUCGACGAAGUAGAGGCGAAGCUCAAAGCCCUGAAACUCAAGUACCCAUCGGCCAACACCCAAAACCCAUCUCUCAAUAACGCCGUUAAGCUCUACCUUCACAUCGGCGGUAACACCCCUAAAGCCAAAUGGGUGACUUCCGAGAAGCUCACAUCUUACUCUUUCAUCAAGACGUCGAAAAUCAACGGUCAGGAUGACGAGGAAGAUGGUGAGGAGAGCGAAAACGAGGAGGCAAAUGGGGAAGCUUGGUGGGUUUUGAAGGUUGGUAACAAAAUUAGAGUGAAAGUGGGGGUGGAAAUGCAGCUGAAAACUUUUGGAGAUCAACGUAGGGUUGAUUUCGUGUCGAAGGGAGUUUGGGCAAUGAAAUUUUUUAGUGAUGAAGUAUAUAGGAGCUUUGUUAGCAAGUUUAAUGAUUGUUUGUUUGAGAAUACUUAUAGGAUCGAGUCCAAUGAUGCUAAUAAAGUUAAGGUUUAUGGAAAAGAUUUCAUUGGCUGGGCCAAGCCUGUAGCAGCUGAUGAUUCAAUUUGGGAAGAUGCUGAGGAUUCUCCAUUGAAAAGUCCUCAAUCUGCAACCCCAUUGAGGGCGAAUCAGGAUCUGAGAGAGGAGUUUGAGGAGGCGGCAAAUGGAGGAAUACAAAGUUUGGCCUUGGGGGCUCUGGAUAACAGUUUCUUGGUGGGUGAUUCGGGUAUUCAAGUUGUUAAGAAUUUUGCUUAUGGGGUUCAUGGUAAAGGUAUUUAUGUGAAUUUUGAUCACGGGAGUCAGAGGAGUGGUUCGAGUUUGGUGCAUUCGACACCAAAGAAGGCACUUCUUAUGAGGGCUGAGACAAAUAUGCUGCUUAUGAGUCCUAUGACUGAGGGGAAGCCUCAUACAAAUGGGCUGCAUCAGCUUGAUAUUGAGACUGGGAAAAUUGUUAGUGAGUGGAAGUUUGGGAAAGAUGGGACUGAUAUUACAAUGAGAGAUAUUACAAAUGACAGCAAGGGAGCGCAGUUGGAUCCAUCAGGAUCAACAUUUUUAGGAUUGGAUGAUAAUAGGCUUUGCAGGUGGGAUAUGCGAGACCGUAAUGGCGUGGUUCAGAAUCUUGCUACUAGCACCCCUGUUCUGAAUUGGACACAAGGGCAUCAGUUUUCAAGAGGGACUAACUUCCAGUGCUUUGCAACCACUGGUGAUGGCUCUAUUGUUGUUGGGUCUCUUGAUGGGAAGAUUCGGUUGUAUUCUAUCAACUCUAUGAGACAGGCAAAAACUGCUUUUCCAGGCCUUGGGUCGCCUGUCACUCAUGUUGAUGUUACCUUUGAUGGGAAGUGGAUAUUGGGUACAACUGAUACCUAUUUGAUCCUUAUCUGCACCCUUUUCACUGACAAAGAUGGCAAGACAAAGACGGGUUUUGAUGGCCGUAUGGGAAACAAGAUUGCAGCUCCGAGGUUGUUAAAGCUCACUCCCCUGGAUUCACAUUUAGCUGGGGUUAACAACAAGUUCCGUAAUGCUCAAUUUUCAUGGGUCACAGAGAAUGGGAAGCAGGAGCGCCAUCUGGUUGCAACAGUAGGCAAGUUUAGCGUCAUAUGGAACUUUCAACAGGUGAAGAAUGGGUCUCAUGAAUGCUACCAUAAUCAGGAGGGUUUGAAGAGCUGCUACUGUUACAAGAUAGUCCUUAAGGAUGACUCCAUUGUCGAUAGCCGUUUUAUGCACGACAAGUUUGCAGUUACUGAUUCUCCUGAAGCCCCAUUGGUUAUUGCUACCCCCAUGAAAGUCAGCUCAUUCAGCAUAUCCAGCAGGCGAUGAUACGCUUGGAUACCUCUCUUCUUUUAUUUGGUCACUCUCCAAAUGCUAUCGAAGAUGUCACCACUGCAUUUUAGGGCUUCUCAAUUGUAUCUUUUAUUAGAUUAGGUGUGUUGUCAAGUUUUAUCUGGCCAGACUGUUAUUGUUAUGACCUCCCUAUCUGCUUGGAGUUUCUAGUGUGAUUCUUAGUAUUAUCACUCAAUUACUGUUGUUUUUAGUUCUACACGAAGCAAUCACUGCUUCCUAGGUCAGAAAAGUGAAUGGCAAGACUUUGUUAUGUCGAACUUUUAUGUAUCAUCGUCUUCUUCUUCCA